ACAUCACGUUAACUCCACAGAGUACUGCCACAGUCAGAGAGGGACAAACGUUAGUGAUGACAUGUCAAUCAAACCAGACUAGUGGAGAAUAUCAGUUCUUUUAUAUCAACGGUGAGGGAAAUAAAAUCCUUUAUGCUUCAGGAGGAGGAGAAUUCCAGUCAUGUAGUAAUAACACCAAUGGUUCAUUCAUAGAGUGUGAUUUUGGGACUUCGUGGAAUUUCAGCCUAAUAUUGUUGAAUCCUGCUCACAACCAGACCGUCUACUGUCAGAGAAGUGGCGGGGGGCAAGAUAUAAAGAACAGUAGUACCACCAUCUUUGUACAAGUGCCCGUCAGUAAUGUCACACUGUCACCAUCGUCCAGUAUAGUGCUCAUUGAAGGAACGUCUUUCACCUUCAGCUGUGUAUCAAAUGCUACCAGACCAGCAGCAAACUUAACAUGGUACAGUGACGGCGUGGUCGUGAGUGGAAGUUCAUCCAGCUCGUCAAUGAAUAACCUUCUGUACGAUGUGACCAGUAAUCUUACGGCAUCCUUUAAAAGAACGGAUAAUGGGAAGAAUAUAUAUUGUACUCCUGUCAACAUAGAUGGAGAUAUUCCAAUAAUGUCAACCCAAGCUCAAGUAAAUGUUAUAUAUGCACCCCCUGCUGCCCCACAACUGACAGCUGAUGGAUCUACGUCAGUGGAUGAAGGACAGUCCAUUUAUUUAAGAUGUAACUUGUCUACGCUGGGUAACCCUAACAUCACGUGGAGCUGGGUGUGUGGAGAUGACACACUGACCACUGGAGUGACCAAUUCAGGGACCUGGUCAGUGCUGACAUUGACAGCAAACAGAAAGUACAAUCAGAGAACGUGUCAGUGUAGAGCCACAAGUCCACGACCGUCAUUGUCGUAUAACAGGACAUCAGGGACACAGACCAUCACCGUGUAUUAUAACAACGUCAUAUCAUCAAACGUGAGUGAAGGAUAUGUCAUUAGUGAACAUGGAAGACUUCAGAUAAAAUGUGAUGUGGAUGGAAACCCGUUAUCUACCAUCACGUGGCUGUUUGUUCCAAACAACACUGUUAUAAAGAACGACAGUGAUGUAAGCAGUAGUACACUAGAUAUAUUGUCAGCAAGUUGCUUAGAUCACGGGAAUUACAAGGUUACUGCAGAUAAUGGAAAAGGCCCAGUUGAUACGACAACAACUCAUAUUGCUGUUAGAUGUAAGCCUCGACUGGAUAGCGUUGAUGUGCAGACGUCAGACAAACUUGGCAUAGGAAAUAAUGAAUCUCUUCAAAUACUUGUGAGAAUGCUAUUGUAUCCACAAGCGACUCUGACACAGUGGACGUUUGUGGGAAAAAAUAAUGAGAGUAGAGUAAUUCAGAAUAAUACAGGCGGCUACAGCAUAACAGAAAGUAAGGGAGAAAAUAAACAAAACAUCUCUCUAUACAAAAGGAGUGUUGACACAGAGGAGUUUGGAGAUUACACUAUAAUGGUUCUGAAUGAUGUUGGUAAUUUCACCAGGACCUAUUAUGUAGAUGCAGCAAGACCACCUUUAAAACCUACCAAUUUAACAUUGGUAUGUGUCACUUCGUCUGUAAAGUUAUCAUGGAUUUCUAACUUCAAUGGUGGAGGCAGUCAGACCUUCAAGAUUUCCUAUUCCACUGAAGGGAAUUUGUUAACAUCCUAUAAAGAUCUAGAGAAUAUCAAUGACAAAGGAUAUGGGACACUCCAUAGUUACACUCCGAGUAUUGAGCUACAGGGGGCAGUAUGGUUUACUAUCACUGUCUCCAACAUGUUUGGAGAAUCUACAUCAGAUAAUGUCCAUUGCAUUGUUAAAGGAAUAGAAGAGAAGGUCAACCAUCAGACAGAGACGAUUGUCGGCAGUGUUGUCGGCAGUGUGGCUUUCAUCGUCGCUGUUUUAGUCAUUGGGAUCUUCCUCAGAAGGCGUUAUAAAUGCACCUGCAUGCUAAAAAUGGGGAUAGAGCGCAUAGACGAAAAUGUAAAAGCAGCUGACAUGUCUAAAGAUGAAUCUCAAAUUUCUUUGGCAGAGCAACAUGAACAGGGAGAAAGAAAUGUGUAUGAAGAAUUAAAAGAGCGAGAAGCUGGAAAUCAAUACCAGGAUCUUUCCAUUAAAGGAAAUAAAGAAAGCAAAACGCGAACCUAUGAGAACAUACAAGGAUCCAAUGCUGGCAAUGAAUACAAAGAAAAUUCAACUGUUUCUAAAAAGAAAGAUCAGGGAGAUCAGACGUACUACAACACCCGGAUGGUAACGCCCACUGAUGUGUACGUCAACACCUCAUUUCAGAACUAGUCAAUCAGACUUACUACAACACCCGGAUGGUAACGCCCACUGAUGUGUACGUCAACACCUUAUUUCAGAACUAGUCGUAGGAAGUCCAAGCCACUUCAUAGUCAUGUGGUCUAUCAGAAGAUACUUACAAUUUGUCGUGUGUGUGUGUGUGUGUGUGUGUGUGUGUGUGUGUGUGUGUGUGUGUGUGUGUGUGUGUGUGUGUGCGCUUUUCCUUGCACCCUUCGGUAUUUUGAAGGUUGGGUAUAUUUAGAUAUUAAAGUUUUAUGAGUUUCAUUUAUCUAUUUUUUUUUUUUUUUUGCUUGUAAAGUAUUAUAGACAACUGUGAAGUCAACUUCUCAUAACACUGUCUUCUCCCUUACUUCGAAGAACAGGGCUACGAGCCAGUACAUAAUGUCAAUCCACCAAUAAGUUAAAAUGUAAAUACGGACUGACCAAGCAAACUUUAGCUUGGAUUUAUUUCUGUUGUUAAAUAUAACGAAAACAUAUUCAAAUAUUACCGGUAAGAUACAUGUAUAUAAACUUACAAACAUCUGCAAAUU